AUGGAGAGAGAGAACAGAAAGAGAACAAGAGAAGAAGAAGAAGAACGAGAAACCAAUAAAGAAAAGAAGCCAGAAUCUGAGUGCUGCAAAGAGGGUGGAGUUUUCGAUUUUCCAUGGCUAAACGAGAGCGUGAUCUUUAAAAGUGAUGAAUAUUUGGAAAUCCAAGACACAUUUGAUUGUCUCAGAGUCAAGUUAUAUAAAGAUUCUUACUUUUUUCAUUUCACUGGCUGUUGCUUUUGCUGUUGCUGUGGGUUUUUGACCAUCCGACAUUUCUUGUCUGUUUUGCUACGAAUGAGAAAAGCCUGGUUUUCAAGAGAUUCUUCACUUCCCCUUCGCUGGGAUGAUAGGAAGAUGAAGCUGAGAAAAUCAGUGUUUUUUUUGCUUAUGGUGACUGUUCUUGCUCCUAUUGUUAUCUACACCGACACUCUUGCAACCUAUUUUACUUCCUCUUCUUCUAAAAUUGAAUUUAUUGAAGAUGUUUCACCCUUUACAUUUGGUGGUGACGUUCGACCUUUAAAUGUACUGCCUCAGGAGUCAUCUGCAAUACUGGAAGAACCAUUGGGCAUUGUUUAUUCAGAGAAUUCGACUCCAUCUCUUUCAAAUUAUUCUGAUGCUACUGAUGGGGAGAAUGCCCAUGUCACCAGACAGCUUACUGAAGAAUCUAUGGAAGGCCAAACCACAUUAUCAACCACAAACAUCAAUAGCAGAGACAAUCAGUCUGUGGAUGAUGAGAAUCCCAUAAGACAGGUGACUGAUAUGGUCCUUGAAACUCAGACGGAUGGAAGAAGCUCACAGAAGACCAAAUCAAUUGGUCAAAAUGGAAGUUGGGAAACACAAACUGGAGCAAAGAAAGAAAUGAAGUCACAGGAUUCGGAGCACACGAUGGAGAAUGUUUCCUUAGACAAGGAAACAAAACAUGGGCGACAUCAUUUCCAAAUCUCUGGGAAAGACAGUGCAUUGGAGCAAGCAAAAACUACAACUGCGAAACAGAAUGAACAAUCAAUUUUGCCAGAUGCACAUGUUCGUCUUCUUAAAGAUCAGCUCAUUAGAGGAAAGGUUUAUCUUUCCCUAUCAGCAACUCGAAACAAUGCCCAUUUUAUUAGGGAGCUCCGAUUGCGUAUGAAGGAAGUUCAACGAGCACUUGGGAUCGCCAGCAAGGAUUCUGAGUUACCAAGAAAUGCCUAUGAGAAGUUGAAGGCUAUGGAGCUUACUUUGUCAAAAGGCAAGCAAAUACAAGAUGAUUGUGCUGCUGUGGCAAAGAAACUUCGUGCAAUGCUCCAUUCAACUGAAGAUCAGCUUCGAGUUCACAGGAAACAGGCCUUGUUUUUGACACAUCUAACUGCCAAAACAAUUCCUAAAGGACUUCAUUGUCUUCCUUUGCGCCUUUCAACGGACUAUUUCAUGUUGAAUUCUUCUCAACAGCACUUUCCGAAUGAAGAGAAAUUAGAAGAUCCCAAGCUGUACCACUAUGCCCUGUUUUCAGAUAACAUAUUGGCAACAGCGGUUGUUGUAAACUCAACUAUAUCUCAUGCAAAGAAUCCUUCAAACCAUGUGUUCCACAUUGUCACUGAUAGGCUCAAUUAUGCUGCAAUGAAGAUGUGGUUUUUGGCAAACCCACCAGGCAAAGCUACAAUCCAGGUUCAGAAUGUUGAAGAGUUCACAUGGCUGAACUCAAGUUACAGUCCAGUUCUUAAGCAGUUGGGUUCUCCCUCCAUGAUUGAUUAUUACUUCAAGAGUCGUCGUGUUGAAUCUGAUUCAAACUUGAAAUUUAGAAAUCCCAAGUACCUCUCUAUCAUGAAUCAUCUUCGGUUUUACCUUCCCGAAAUUUUCCCAAAACUGGACAAGGUUUUGUUCUUAGAUGAUGAUGUAGUGGUCCAAAAGGAUCUUACUCCUCUUUGGUAUCUUGAUCUAAAGGGAAAGGUGAUUGGUGUGGUUGAGACAUGUGGAGAAAGCUUUCACCGCUUUGAUCGUUACCUCAACUUUUCGAAUCCUCUUAUUUCAAAAAACUUCAAUCCCCGUGCUUGUGGUUGGGCAUUUGGAAUGAAUAUAUUUGAUCUUAAGCAAUGGAGGAAGCAAAAUAUCACAGGGGUGUACCACAAAUGGCAGAAUCUGAAUGUUGACAGACUGUUAUGGAAACUCGGGACUCUGCCACCUGGUUUGAUAACCUUUUGGAACCAAACUUAUGCACUGGAUAAAUCUUGGCAUGUCUUGGGCCUUGGUUAUAAUCCCAGUAUAUCCCAGAAGGAGAUUGAGCGAGCAGCAGUUGUACAUUAUAAUGGAAACUUGAAGCCAUGGCUUGAGAUAGGCAUACCCAAGUUUCAUAACAAUUGGGCAAAAUUUGUUGACUAUGAUCACAUAUAUUUGCGGGAAUGCAACAUCAGUCCUUAA